AUGAGUAAAUCACCGAACUGGAGAAAUUGUCCAUUGAAUUUAACCAUUCUCACUUUACCACAAUAUGAUUCAUUAUUGUUAUUUAAAGAAGUCACUUGGGAAUCUGCACGUAUUGUUGCAGAUGGUCUAUUGACAGAAUUACGUGGUACACCGGUCAAAUUGAUUACAAAUCAAUCUCGUAUACGUCUUACAAUGAAAAAACGAUUAUCUGGUAAGUUGUAUACAUAUAUUUCUAGCUAUUAUUAUUAUUACUUUUAA